AUGCUGUCCUUCGAAGCUUCUAAAUUCCACGUCGAGCGUUUCCAGCGGUUUAUGUGGAAGCAGAUAAACAAAGUGGAAGACCACCUCAUGGGCCUCGAAAUUAGCGAUCGAGCUAAACUUAGAGACUUAACAAAGCAACUCCAGAUUAUGUCCUCAAAUGCAGAUUCACAUAUUGCCAAUGCUGAUGUGGCCAUAAUCACGCCCAAGGCCAUUCGAAACGCCCACUCACGUCUCAUCCCGUCGCUCCCUCAAUCCAGCCCUUUUACAAACCAGCGAGCUGCUGAUUCGAUAUCCUAUACUAUCUCCUCUAUGGAGAAUAGAGAAUUUGGUUCUUAA